UUUGAGAUUAAUUUUUAUUUUUUACUUAUUUUUAUAUUUUUUUCUUCUAUUUAUUCUUUCUUACCUUCAUGAUUCGCACAAAUGAGUCAUUUUAAAAUGUCUGAGCAUCCAGCAACGCACGGCAUUACGGGGCCGAUAUCCCUCCUAAAACCGAACGAUUAUGAUUUGCGCCUCUCAUCUGAAUUAGAAGAAGCUUUAAAAGAUUUUGGCCUUUUUGAAAGUAAAGAAGAAGCAGAACUUCGACAAAUUGUGCUUGGCAAGCUCAACGAAUUGGUCAAGUGUUGGGUUUUUCAAGUCAGUAAGCGCAAAGGGAUUAGUGAUGUCAACGUUGGCGGGAAAAUCUACACGUUUGGCUCUUACCGACUUGGCGUUCAUAGUAAAGGAGCGGAUAUUGACACGUUAUGCGUCGUUCCUGAACAUGUGGAUCGUGAGGAUUUUUUUGGAUCACUCUAUGAAGAGCUUUCCAAUCGAGAAGAAGUUACUGAACUCACCGCCGUUGCGGACGCAUUUGUUCCGGUUAUUAAAUUGGAGUUUUCCGGAAUUCCUAUCGACCUGUUGAUGGCACGUGUGGCUCUUCAAGGAAUUCCUGAUGAUUUGGAUCUGUUGAAUGUGAAUAUUUUGAGAAAUACAGAUGAAAAGAGUGUUCUAAGUUUAAAUGGAUGCCGAACAACUGAUCAAAUAUUACGUUUAGUCCCGAAUAUUUACAGUUUUCGAAUUUCUUUGCGGUGUAUAAAGUUGUGGGCUCAGCGAAGAGGGAUUUACUCGAACACGAUGGGCUUCCUCGGGGGCGUCGCGUGGGCCAUGCUUUUAGCACGUGUUUCUCAGCUUUACCCCAACGGCGCCCCAUCCACUCUUGUUUGUCGAUUUUUUCGUGUGAUGAGCCAGUGGCCUUGGCCCACUCCCGUCUUACUUAAGCAAAUAGAAGAAGCGAAUUUGGGUUUUCCCGUGUGGAACUCUCAACUCAACCCGAUGGACAGCCGCCAUAUCAUGCCUAUAAUAACACCUGCCUACCCUUCUAUUAACUCUACGCAUAACGUGAUGGAGUCUACUCUCAGCGUGAUCAAAGAAGAGUUUAACAGGGCUCUUGGUAUUACACUAAAAAUUGAGAAUAAUCAAAGCACGUGGAAGGAAUUGUUUGAAAAAAGCGAUUUUUUUUAUGUACAUAAAAAUUUUAUUCAAGUGGAUGCCUUUUCUGAAAAUGAAGAGGAUCAUCGAGCAUGGUACGCUCUAGUCGAAGCUCGAAUUCGUUUUUUAGUAUUGCAGUUUGAGAGGACUCAAAACGUUCGGCCUUGUCCUUUCCCGAAGGCGUAUCACAUCCGGCCUGAGGAGAAUCUUUUUCAAACAACCUUUUUUAUUGGCUUAACUUUUCCUCCCAAGUCACCCGACGCUGUUUCUACUGGUGGGAAAAGGCGUGUUGAGCUAACUCCCGCCGUUCGGGAAUUUAUGCGUAAAGUUCAAACUUGGCAAGCUCAUAAAGAGUCAAUGCAGCUAAAAGUUCACCACGUGAAAAGAUCUGAACUUCCGGACUUUAUUUACGAGGACGGCGAGAAACCCGCGCGAAAAAAAAGGUCCGCCAAAGUUGAGCAGCAGCCAAUUAUUUUGGAAAAUAAUGAUAAACGUCGACGAACUCAUGAAUUUUUAUCAACAGCCACGGUCGCUACCAGUGAUCCACUGGAGGACAAUUUUUCUAGUGAACUAGCGGAACCCAUGCAAGCGGCUCCCCUGCCACCCCCGAGUUCCUCUUUUGACCAGUCAGUACCAACGUCUAGCCCGUGCCAGUCGGACAUUAGUGGGUUUUCUAGUUCCUUUGAUGCUACUGCUACUCCGGACUGUGUUGAGGAACUUACCUAUGAAAACACGCCCGGGAUUGUUUAUGCCUCUAACCACGUGGCUUCUGUCCACAAGCGACCGCUUAUUAACUUAAGGAUGGCCAAUGGGAAGAGUGGCUGAAGAGAAAAACCUUUUUUAUGUUUUUUUAGUUUAUUCGUUUUGAUGUUAUUAUUAUUAUUUUGAUUUCAGAAUUUUGUAAAAGUUCAUUUCAGUGAAUUAC